UCUCAAAGGAUGCUAAUUUGUUAGAUUGAGAAUCAUGAUGAAAGCUAGAUUUUAGGAUGUUGCAUAAAAUAAGAUUGCAAGCAUCCUAGACCUUAUUGUUAAUAUUGUAUUACUUCAUUACAUUCCGAUCAUUUUCAAUAAUUAAAAAGUUUUAAGCAACUUAAUGAAUUGAUGUUAUAAAAAAUGAAAUCGUAUGAUUAUUUAAUGAAUAUUAUCCAGCAGAUAAAAACCUCAAUAAAUACUAUUUAUGAAAUAGUAAAUCCACUUUAUGUUCAUCCAUUAGAGAAUGUAUAAUAAUUAUCCUGUAGUUAUCUUAAUGAAUAAAUUAUAAAACUAAUGAAGAUUGAAGUAGCAGAGGCAACAGCAGGUUUAAUUGUAAAUAUCAAAGAAUUGAAUGACCGAAUAUAGAAUAUAUGCUGCAAAUUUCAAAAUUUGAAGUCUAUUCCUAUUAAAUAAACUAAUUUUUCUGACCAAUUAUAUCAGAAUAAAUAAUAAGGUUCGUAUUUCUCAAUAGAAUCAUAAUUGGAGAAAUAAAACCAAGAAAUGUCUUAAAAUCUUACUAUACUUUUUUCCUCUGACUACAAACCCAUAUAAAUAGAACUAGAAAAUAAUUGCAAGAAAGCAAUCAAUUUAUGUAUUGGAUGGAAAGUUGCUGUCUGCGAGCCAAAAAUUCCAAAAAAUAAUUGCCCUAUUACUUUUUAGUUUAAAAUUAUCAAUGCAAGUGCUUGUGAUAUAGGAGUUUGUCAUAGGAAUAAAAUUAUUUCAGCCAAUUACUCCCUUGAUUUAGCAAAGGGUUCAGCUCAAGGGUAUAUCAAUAUUAAUAUAGUAGCAUUUAUUGUAUCAACCAAUAAGGAUAUGUUUACUCUAACCUAAAUUAGAAUAUCAAUAAUAAAAAAUAAUCAUUUUCAUUUAAAAAUAAUGAUAUCAUUUCAGUUGAAGUAAACUACUAAAAAUAAAGAAUAUUAUGGACAAAUUAGAUUUCAAAGGAUCAAUAUGUAAAUAUUAUUUUAUUACAAAAGUCGAUGUAAUUCGAUAUUACAGAAGAUUUAUAUCCAUGCGUUGGAAUAGGUUAUGGAGAGAUCAUAACAAUAUUGAAUGCCUGAUUUAUUAUUAAG